GUCCCCAGGCCGACGAGCUGCCCUCCCGCGCUCCCUCCUCAGCAGCAUGGGUCGCCCGCGGUCUGUGCUGCGCCGCUCCUGGCUGCCGGCCCUGCUGCUGCCGGCGCUGCUGGGUCCCCGCCUGGCCCCCGGGCAGCCCGUGCGCUGCGCCCCGUGCAGUCCGGACAGGAUCGCGCUCUGCCCGCCCGUCGCGUCCGACUGCCCAGAGGCGGCCCGGCAACCCGGCUGCGGUUGCUGCCAGACCUGCGCUCUCGGGCCGGGACAGCCCUGCGGGAUCUACACGGCCCGCUGCCGGCUGGGGCUCCGCUGCCACGUCCCCGCCGGGGAGCCCCGGCCCCUCUCCGCCCUCAUCCAGGGGCAUGGGACGUGCCUGCCCGCCAGCGAGGUCGGAGCGAUGCGCACGGCAGAGCCAGCAGGUACCGC